AUGCCUAAGAACAAAAAUAAGGCAAGAGAGCCACCCGGAACGCGUGCCGCAAUCAACACCACUCAAUCAUCAACUUCAGUGACGCGCAUCACCUCCCCUGUCGAUUUACCCGAGAUCCUUUCCCAGGUUGCAAAGCACCUCAGCCCUGCGACGCUCUCGCGCGCCUGUCAAGUAUCGCGUCUUUUUCACUCUGUCUGCGCACCACAACUUUGGAAUACCGUCUACUUGCAAGGGGAAACCGUCAAUGAUAUCUGGAAAAAACACAAGGGCUUUCGCCUAGGUCUCAUUCGAUAUGGCCGCUUUGUCGAAAAUCUCCUGCUUCAGUUGGCAGAGCUCCAGGACGGGGAUAUGGAAUUGAUUGCAGAGAACUGCACGAGAUUGAAGUACCUAGACCUGUCGCGCACCAACGUCACCGCUGAGACACUCAAGGUCUUGAUCCAUAGCGAUCCCUAUAACACAGCUCCCGGAUCCUCCAAAAAGCGCAAGAGAUUGACGAUGGGUGGCUCGGAUGACGACGACGAGGAGGACGAUGCCGAUAAAAAGAUGGCCAAGUAUAGGAGUAUGACAGAGACCGAGACUGAGCAUGAGGGCGACUAUCUUUAUGAGAGUGUCGGCGUUGCACCCUCCACAUCAACGGAAUCCGAGCAGGAACAACAGCGGCAACAUCAACCCACCGGACCAGUUCUGCCAAAUGCAGUUGCCACACCAUCAUCCAAAAGAUAUCCAACCCGUUCCAGUUCUGGACGUGCACCUCCCCCCAUUGCACGAGCUGUGAUCCCGCUCCACCGUCGAGCCGGUACUGCCAGACCUGCAAAGUUCAAGGGCACCAAAACGCAAUUUCCCUUCCAUCUCGAACAAUUGAGGCUUAAUCGCUGCAACAAAAUGACCGGCAAGUCAUGUCUCCCAGUCAUCUCACGGCUUGGACCCCAGCUGAAAGUGUUGCAUCUGGACCACAUGAGCGACCUCACCAGCCAAGACUUGAUCGAAACAAUGAAACACUGUCCAUAUCUGGAGAGCAUUCAUAUGAACGGCACGGAUGUAACGGACAAGUUCUUGACCGCCUUGAGUUCCUGGAGCGAAUCAAACGAACAGCGAUCAAGAAGGCAAAUUGCGAGUCUAGAUGUCAGCAUGACUAACAUCACGAACGAGGGUAUUGUUCCCUUGAUCUGGGACAGCAAGGACAAGAUGAGCAUACUGGCCUGUCAGCACAACAAUCACGUCAAUAACGUCAUGCUCUAUGCGUUUGUUGAGGAUCCUGCCGAACCCAGGGCUCGCCUCGAGCGUGAACAGGCAAAAGAAACACCCAGGACUUUCACGACUGUGCUGGGCUCAUUUAAGAGGACCUUCAUUCCAAACAGCGUCUUGACGGUGAUUCAGCUCUCUUACUGCGACAGGUUGACGGACGACGGCUUUGAGGCUUUGUUUCGCUACGCCACAGAGCUGCAACACAUCGAGCUGGAUGGCUGCAACCUUCAUGACAGAUCUUUGCUGGUACUGGCGGAAACCUAUCGAAAGAGGAUGGAGAGGCUGGGAUUGGGUGUGCCUGAUGCUUGGCACGAACAUGAGCUUGGACAGAGACGCGUCGAGGCCGUGAAGAGGUUAUCCAACAAGGAGCAAGUCAAGAUCAAGGCAGAUAUUAUUAAUGGGUUGCCGGAAGACUAUUUUAAGGAUCUCGACAGUACAUUGCUGCCGGCUCCGGAGGCCAAAGUUUUCUCGGGUCAAGUGGUCCCAGGCGGACUCGCUGCUCUGUCGCUCAAGCACUGCCGCAAUAUCACUACAGUGGGUGUGAGGGCCAUUGUCCGGUGCUGCGUCGGUCUGUGGGGACUGAACUUAAGCGGCUGUGGCAAAGUGAGACUGCAGCUCUUCAAUGGUCCAUGGGCAUGUUUGGGGCUGCAAGACUUGAACGUCUCGGGCGUGUGCCUUCAUGCCUUCGACGGGGUCUCCGAUGCCGCUAACGAGGAGUCGAACCUAUCGCACGAGAGAAGCAGCUCGUCUCUUGAAGCUUUCGCAGACUUCAUACGGUUUCCCCCAAAGCCUCUAGACCACGACGACUACAAGUUGAGGUACGACUUUGAUGAGGAGGGGUACUACGACUUUAUCACUCCGCGCGAUGAGGAGGGGAGUUAUAAGGGCAAAGAAAAAAUUGAGAUUGAGUGCGAAACCGAUGAUGAAGAGAGGAAGGACCUGAAAAAGAACGGCACCAAGAAAACUCAUCGCGUAACUCUCCCAGCUCAGAAGCAUCGCAACAAAUACCUCGACAGGGUCAUCCUCCGAGAACUCUUCGUCAAAUUAGGCCAGAUGCGUCAGUUGAAGGGUCUCGACAUGUCCAACGCCGACUAUCGCAUUCGUGUUCAGGACGGUCUUGCGUUGGUAUUGCCUGGUCUUCAACAGAGUCUUGAAAUCUGGAACAUGUCUCGCUAUUUGGGCUACAACCUCCACAGCCGCGAGAUGAAGUUUUUCGGCAAGCACUUUGGUUACGGACAUGACUUCACACAAGAUCAGAAGGAACUUAAGCGGCAGCAGGCGAGGGCGCGCGAAUACCAGGGUGCAGCCGCAGGUAACGACUUGAACCGCGUGGGCAAGCUGGAGUCGCUGAUGAUUUCCAAGCAUGCGCUCGAUGGGGGGAGCUCGGUUGUCUACGAAUGGUUUAUCGACCAGGGGAUUGAACUCGACUAUGAUGACGAUAUGGACUUCAUGUGGAUGAGCGGUACCUAUGGCGGAGUCCAGGAUUUUGACUUUGGUUUUGAAUCUGACUGA